AUGAGGUGGGAAGAAGGAGGGAAAAAAGCAAGAAAAAGAGCAACGAGGAGAGGAGGAGAGAAGGAGGAGAGGAGGAGAGAAGGAAGAGAGCAAGGAAUAAAGAGUUAUGUAAAGAAUAAA